AUGAAAGCAGCAAUCGCUAUUGCUACGUUGACCUUGAUAUUUGCAGGGCUUGUGGGAUACCACUCGCUUUUGACUAAUUAUUCUCAGGAAAUAGAUAUGCAUGCUGAUGAUGCUAUUAUUGAUAAUAGUACAAAUGCUAAUGUUCAUGAGGUUGCCACACAGCACCUUCAUCUGAAUCUUACUCUUGAGUUUGAUAGAAAAGUUGCAUAUGGAACUGCUACUCAUACGAUGAAGGCACUCGUGGAUAACCUCAACCAUAUUGAUCUUGAUGCAAGAUACUUAAAUAUUGGGCAAGUCAAAUCUCAGGAAGGAAAGAAUCUUAAAUUCCACUAUGAAGAGCCUAAUCCAAAUAUUGGGCCUAAGCUAGUAAUCGAAGUUUCAAAUAAAAUCAAGAAAGACGAUAUUUUCAACAUCACUAUCGAGUACGAGACAACUGACAAGACUCUUUCACUAAAUUGGCUUGACCCGGAGCAAACUGCUGGAAACACUCUGCCAUACGUUUUUACUCAUUGUGAAGCUAUUGAUUGUAGAACUUUGGCUCCUUUACAAGACACUCCAUCUGUAAAAUCUACCUAUUCAGCUCUGAUUCGUUCACCCAGAGACAUCAAAGUGUAUAUGUCUGCUGUGAACUUAGGUGAUAGAGUGGAAGGUAACUCAAGAGUCACCGAAUUCUCUCUGGAUGUCCCUAUUCCUUCCUACUUAAUUGCUCUUGUUGCUGGAGAUCUUGAAUACAAAAAACUAGGAAGAAAUACAGGAGUGAUCACUGAACCUGUCUUUAUGAAAGCUUGUGUUGAUGAGCUCUCUGAGCUUCAGGACUCGUUAGACGUAGCUGAAAGCUUUCUCACAGAGUACGAAUGGGGAAUGUAUACAAUAGUUGUCCUACCUCCUAGCUUCCCCUUUGGAGGAAUGGAAAAUCCACUCUUGACCUUUGCAUCACCGACUAUUAUAGUCGGUGAUAAAAGUCAGGUUAAUGUUGCCUCCCAUGAAAUAGCACACUCUUGGACAGGAAACUUGGUAACUAAUAGGAAUUGGGAGAAUUUCUGGCUUAAUGAAGGAUUUACAAUGUGGUCUGAAAGAGCAAUCAUCAGAAAACAAAGGGGUGAAGAAUUCUACCGUGUUGCUAGCGCCUUAGGUAAUUCGUCACUCUAUGACGAUCUUAAUCUCUACGGCUACGAUAGUACGUUCACUUCUUUACAUCCAAAUUAUGCUGGUGCGAACCCAUACGAUACAUUCUCAGAUGUGCCUUACGAGAAAGGCUUCUUGUUCCUCACCUACAUUGAGACUCUUAUGGGCACAGAGAACUUUGAGGUGUUCCUUAGGUUCUACCUCGAGAAAUAUAGAAGGCAAAGCAUCGUCUACUCACAGUUUAUUGAUACCUUCUUAGAAUUCCUCGAUGAUAACUUCAGUGAACAGGAAAGGAACAAAAUCGUUACUAAGAUUGACUUCCAUACUUGGAUAUUCGGAACAGGACCUCCACCUGUCCAGCUCAACUUUUCUACACCCAAUUUGGAGAUUAGUAGAGAGCUAGCUGAUGCUUAUCUUUUGGGUAAUGGAACACCCAAAAAUUAUGAUGUGUUCUUUGGCUACUUUUCUCUGCUAAAAUGUAUAUUCUUGCAAAGAUUAGUGGAUAGAGCUGAGGACGCAACGAUUCCAAUCCUUGAGCAAAUAGACAAAGACUACACUUUGACCACCACGAUUGAUCCUGAACAGAAGUACUUAUGGCUCCAACUAUGAAUCAUGGCUGGGUAUGACAAGGCAAUUCCAUUUGCUGAUGAGUUUCUUGGCCAGGUCGGAAGACAAAAGUAUCUGCUCCCAUUAUACAGAGCUCUUAAAGAUUAUGAUAUCAACCUUGCGAUCCAGAUUUUCAACAAGCACAAAUUAGGGUACCACCCUGUCGCUGUUGUAAAUGUUGGAAGAAUUCUUGGAGUCUAAUUACAUCUUUGACCAAGAAAACGUCUAAGAUAUUGAUCUUCGAUAU